AUCCGUGGAAAACAGAUUGCGCCUGCGCAUCCAGACGUGGCAACGGCAUCAUGGCCUCUUGGAACCGCUACGGGAGUCGGAUGAGAGAGGCAAAAAUGUACAUAUUGGUGUUACUGGUUUGGCUGCUGUCAGUGCUGGAGGCGGUGAAGGUGUCUCCUCUUAUAGAGAGGGUCAGCGACCACAAAGACUUCAAGAAGCUGCUCAGGACAAGGACCAACGUUCUGGUGCUUUACACCAAGACAGCAACAUCAGGGGACUCUCAGCUGAAGCUACUGUCAGAUGUGGCCCAGACAGUGAAGGGCCAAGGGACCAUCGCCUGGGUCAACUGUGGAGAUGCAGAGGGCCGUAAACUCUGCAAAAAAGUGAAGGUAGACCCCAGCUCCAAAAGCGGAGGGGCUGAUCUCCUGCAUUACAAAGACGGGACAUUCCACACAGAAUACAACAGGCCCGCUACAUUCAAGUCAAUGGUAGCGUUCCUGAAAGACCCAUCAGGACCCCCGCUAUGGGAGGAGAACCCCGAGGCGAAAGAUGUCGUCCACAUAGAGACAGAAAAAGACUUCAGGAAGCUGCUGAAGAGGGAGGAGAGGCCCGUCCUCAUGAUGUUCUACGCUCCCUGGUGCGGUGUAUGUAAGAGAAUGCAGCCCGUCUUUCAGCAAGCAGCCACAGAGACCAAGGGGAAAUACGUGCUGGCGGGGAUGAAUGUGCACCCGGCUGAGUUUGACGGCCUCAAGCAGGAGUUCAACGUCAAGGGCUACCCGACUUUCUGCUACUUUGAGAAGGGGAAGUUCCUCCACCACUAUGAAAACUAUGGAGCCACGGCCAAGGACAUCGCUGACUGGAUGAAAAACCCCCAGCCCCCCCAGCCGAAAACCCCUGAGGUCCCGUGGUCCGAGACAGACUCAGCGGUCUUCCACCUGACUGACGAGUCAUUUGACAGCUUCCUGGAGGAGCACCCUGCAGCGCUGGUCAUGUUCUACGCCCCCUGGUGUGGCCACUGUAAGAAGAUGAAGCCAGAGUAUGAUGAAGCUGCUGAAAUACUCAAUAAGGGCGCAGAUAGUCCAGGUGUGUUAGCAGCAGUCGACGCCACAAUACACAAAUCAGCGGGGGAGCGCUUCAAGAUCUCCGGCUUCCCCACCGUUAAGUAUUUUGAGAAGGGGGAGGAGAAGUACACCCUCCCCCAGCUCCGCAGCAAGGACAAGAUCAUCGAGUUCAUGCACAAUCCACAGGCGCCCCCUCCACCAGAGCAGUCCUGGGAGGAAAAGCCUUCCAGUGUCAGCCAUCUUGGCUCAGAGGACUUCAGAGAGGCGCUGAAGAAGAAGAAACAUGCUCUGGUCAUGUUCUACGCCCCCUGGUGUCCUCACUGUAAAAACGCUGUCCCCCACUUCACCACGGCUGCAGAGCUUUUCAAAGAGGACCGCAAGAUUGUGUACGCUGCUGUGGACUGCACCAAAGGACUGAACCAUGAGCUGUGCAAGCAGGAAGGCGUGGAGGGCUACCCGACGUUCAACUACUACAACUACGGCAAGUUUGCUGAAAAAUACAACGGAGAUCGCGGGGAGGCGGGCUUCACGGGCUUCAUGCGCAGCCUCAGAGGACGGGACCAAGAGAAGGUCGGCAAGAGGAAGGAGGAGCUCUGAGGGCGGCGCCGGAGGGGGGGCGGAGCUUGUCGUUGCACUGUGACCCUUGACCCUGGCAAGGGUCCUAUCAGCACUGACGUGGGAGACUUGAUGACCUCAGCGAAAGGCUAUUUUUUUAUACCGUGGUGAUCAUGUUUGUAAUAAUACCAACAGAGUUACCUACAGUCAGACCAACCACUCGAGACUUCUUUUUCAUGGAUAUUUUGACCCGGGGGAAAAAAUACACAGACAAAACAGAUGAUUUUUUUUUUUUUGGUUGUUGUUGUUUGUUUGUUUUUUUUGUUUUUGUUCUUGCCCAAAUACUGUGACUGCACAUGUGAAAAGCUACACCCUAUACUGUAUCUAUGCAAUACUGGCCCCUGCGAAGCCCUGUGGGGGUCCGUGUGACUGCUAGAGGCCAGUGGUGGCAGGUGGUGGUGGUGGGCUUAGAGGCUGAGGCUGCGCUGUGCAUGACACCACCGGGGUCCCAGUCCAGUCCAGCCAACCUCUGCUCUGUCUCUAGAAGAUGAGGAUGAUGAUUAUUGAUACAUGGUUCCAAUAUUUUUGUAAAGAAACCCUCACGUCCGAAGUCCAGAACCAUCCAGAAUAUUGCUUUGUAUACUCACAGGUCAGUAGGAAAAUAGCUUGUAAUCAGCACUCUGAGAAAAAAACCCAAAGCCACAUUUUGGAAAAUGUGAACUGCUAUAGUAUGUGAUAGGUCCACAAUGAUUGUUUUGUUCGUUUAUUUGUGUGUGUUUUCCUCACAAGUUUAUUUUUUUUUCAGCGCGGCACCACGCUCUGCCAAAAGCUGCGCCCAGGAGGGUAUCGACCCAGGCCGCGCGGUCUGGGUGAAAUCAAGUCAAAGGGGGGGCAAUAUUUUGUAUGGUUCCAGGCUCUCAAAAUUCCAAUUUUUGUGUCGCUUAAAACUGUGGCCUUAAAGUGUCUCUCAAAAAAAAUAAUUCAGUCACCGGAACUGCGGACAGAUGAAGCGAUACGAGGCUGCAAAGCGGAUGGGAAUCAGAGGCCUGGUGCCUUCUGUAGUUCCCUGAAAUCAUGGACCAGAAUGAGUCAGAGAAUGAAAAAAAGAAAAAAAAAAAAAAAAGAAUCAACUAAUAGGUACAUGAAAUGCCAAAAAUUACUGCGCAUUCCCCUUUUGAUAUUUUCAUGCUUCAUACAUAUCCAAACAUGAAUGAUUGUUUGAGGCGUCCUGUCCUUGCUGUUGUCAAUAUGCUUUGUGUUGCCUCUCUCCACUCUUCUGCAUUCAGAAUGGGAUUCCAUCAGUCCAUUCAGCAAGAGUAGGGCUCAUUUACAUAAGCCGAACAAAAACACGGGAGGAGAGAAAAAUAUGGGGGCUAAAACAUUUGCAUGUUGAUAAUACAAUCUCCAAUACAUGAAUUUUCCCUCCAUCACUUGAGGUAAUCAUGAAUUUGGCCCAAUACCCCGCGUUCCCAUCUUUAUUCACGCGGCGGCUGUGUAAUUGUACAUUGUUCAGACAUGCUGGGGAUAAAUUGGACGUCUGGUUUACACUUAGCCUGGUUGAUUCAGCCCGUUUUAUGUCUGUACGCCUCUGUCCCAGCUGAACAAUGCCAAGGAGCCAAGAGCAUAAUUUGCCUUCACUCUGGAAGAGGAAGAAUUGGAGAGGCUCGCUGUUGAAAUGAAGAUGCUCCGGCCAGUAUUGCCUCAGUCUGUGUGUCUGCCCGCCCCGCGUCGGCCUGAUCUGAGCUGGAACAGGUCGGCUUGGGUUAGGCUGGACAGUGCCCCCCCCCCUCGCCCCCACCCCUGUGCAUCCAAGCUUAUCUAACAGGAUGACUUCACAGUGAAUCCAAGGUGUGACAAAGUCAAUGAAGUCCCCAGACCCCCCCUCCCUCUUUCCUGGAGCCCGGCACCAUCACUGAUACAGGGGCCAUUAUCAUUACCUAUGUGGCGACUUUACUGCUGUGUGUUUCCAACAGCCAGGCCCAAGCCGCUAUAAAUAUUUAAAGGCUUAUCUGUAGCAGAACUUGUGUUUUAUUAUUCAAGACUUUGGUUUCUUUCAUUAUGAAUAAGGUUCUCAGGGAUAGCGAAACACAAUUAAAGGGAACUAGUUUGUUUAUAAUUUGCAUAUAUUAUAAAUUGCAUAAUUCGCCAAAUUAAAGAGUGUUUACAUUUGUAUCCCAAGAAAGAAAAAAAAAAAAAAAAAAAAAAGAAGAGCAAAACGCAUAGAUUUAAUCGUCCACUUAAGUUCCAUGUGCUGUGUCAUGGCAAGAUGUGUUGAAUGAAUCAUGUUGGGUCAAUAGACUUUAAUGAACCGUUUCUGGAUCAAACAUUAACUUUGUGAUUCCUAAUGGGGGCAGCUCCAAAGUGAGACUGUCCCGAAUCUUCUGGCUGGCACCAAGCACUGUUUUUGUGUUCAGUGUUCAAUGUGACUAUUGCAUUUCAUGGUAUGCAAAAGCAGGACUUGCUGCAACGUCGGCCGGACGAAUGCUUUAAGGGGUUAGGUGUUGACAUAUUGCUGUAGUUACGUGUUCCGUUUCCUCUCUUGUGGCAAAUCCGCUACCUUUUGUUUACUCUAUCCGUUGUUUUUU